AUUCUAUAAUUGAUUCUAUAAGCAGUUUCCAGUUUCGUAAUCCUUCUCUCUCCUCGUAAACUCUCCGCCAUUAAUCUCUCUCUUUCUAUAAGUAAGCGAAAAGGGAAAGGGUGGGAAUUUAGGAGAAGAAGGUAAAAGGAUCGCCAUUAAUGGUGGAUGGGUUCAGCUUUUCGGGUAUGGGGAACCUGUAUGUGCAGGCCGUGCCCCCUCCGGAUCUCAAUAAGAACACGGAGUGGUUUAUGUACCCUGGUGUGUGGACCAUCUACAUUCUCAUACUCUUCUUCGCAUGGCUCAUAGUCCUUUCCGUCUUUGGGUGCUCUGCAGGCAUGGCCUGGACCAUCGUCAAUCUCUCCCAUUUUGCUGUUACAUACCGCUGUUUCCACUGGCAGAAGGGAACUCCUUUUGCAGAAGAUCAGGGUAUUUAUAAUGCUUUGACUUGGUGGGAGCAGAUGGACAAUGGGAAGCAGCUUACUCGGAAUAGGAAAUUUCUGAUGGUGGUUCCGGUGGUGUUGUACUUGAUUGCUUCUCAUACGACAGAUUACCGGAACCCUUGGCUUCUUCUCAACACAAUUGCUGUCUUUGUGCUGGUCAUUGCAAAAUUUCCUAACAUGCAUAAAGUUCGCAUAUUUGGUAUCAAUGCAGAGUGAGCAAAGGCUCUCUGGUCAUUUCCUUUGAAAUAUGUUGAUUCCCUGUACAGGAAAAGUGGUAUCUGAGAAUUGCCUUUUUUUCAGUGGGGAAAUGGGCUUUGGUUCCAUUGGGAGUGGGGGUUGAAUCUGUGUUUUUGAAAUGAUUUUUGUAAGAAAUAGUGCUUGCUUGUGCAGGGUUGGCAAUCUGUUCUGCCUCAUAAGAGGACAUGUACAAGUAUUGAUGUUCUCUUUCCUCCAGGUUACUAGACACAUAAGAAUUGCGAAGUAAAGAACCGUUAUCUUCUGUCUCGUGGAGUUUUGAGUUUAA